CAGAGCAAGAAGAGAAGUGGCCAUAUUGCAUUUUGUAAAAAAGGCAGAGAUAGUAGCAGGUAUAAUAUAAAAUGCCGAAAGUAUAAAAUAAAUAUAAUUAAACUUAUCUCGUGAGUUUUCAAGUUAAUAAAGUUUAAACAUAAAAACGAAGACAACAGCAAAGGCAGUAAUUUAUAACAUUACUAUUUUGUGUGUUUAAAGUAAAAUGAAUCAAGAAAAUACUUCUGAGAAUACUGUGGCAACUGUGCAAACUGUGGAAACUGUUGAAAGUACAGAAACAAAUCCAACUGAAGCUGAAGGUGAAAAAUUUCAAGACGAAAGCAAUAAAGGUGAAGAGAUUGUUAACAAUGUUCCAAUUACUGAAAAUGAAAAUCAAUUAAAUGAAAAUGAAAAUCAAUUAAAUGAAAAUGAAAAUCAAUGUAAUGAAAAUAAGGACCAAGUGAAUGAAAAUGAAAACCAAAUUAAUGAAGAGAAGCAAUCUAAUGAAAGUGAGAAUCAAGUCAAUGGGGAAAACCAAUUUUUUGAAAAUCAACCCGAUGAAAAUAUAGCAGAAAAAGAUGAAAAUGUAACGCAAAAUGAAAAUGAAAUACAAUCUUGUCCUACGGAAUCUGAAAUUCCUCUGGAAGGAAUUCCUGUAGAAGAACCAGUAGUGGAGCAAAAUAUCGAAUCGAAUGAAGAGCCUCAACCGAAUUCAGAAUGUAAUCUUGAAGAUAAAUCUUUGGUGGCUGAUGCAGACACAAGUUUAAAAGUAGAAGACGAUUCCAAUGUCGAGCAAGAAAUUCAAGGAGGAGAUUCACAGCAAAAGGACAAAACGAAUCGCAAUCAGAAACGUGGAAAUAAAAAUUCAAAAAAUGUAAAUUGUGACAAGUACGGAUGGCCAAUUGGUUCCAAGUAUUGUACAGAAGUUAAUGAUUCCUCGAGUGAUGUCAAUUUUACCGAAGAUGUAGAUUUAGCGAAUUGUGAGGCAAAAAUCAAGGUGGAUAAUAAUGCAUCUCUAGAAGCUCCUCUACCGGACGAGGAAAUUCUUUAUGUUGUUAAAUCUCCAUCGCACAGGACAGCGAAUACGAAAAGAACGAUUGUAAAGGUUGAGGAGGUCGAAGGAGCAAUUACGGACGGUAUAAACGCCGGUACGCACGUACCACAUUUUCUUAAUUAUCUCAGUUUGCAGGUCAAAUUCAAAUUCACUCUCUCUCGACUAACGGAUGGAAAAUUGAAAAUAACGUUUAGAUUCGUUGGCAAAGGUGGAGAAUCACUAAAGGACAUUAUUUGUCUCUGGUUGAGACGCAACGAUGAGGAUAAGGAUAAAAUAUUUUGUGAAGGACUAACUAGAAAUAAAGAAGUAACAUUGUCGAUAUUAGCACGAAAAUUUCACGAAAUAGAAAAUCUAAAGGAAGAUAUUGUAACACUUUACGAGGAAAUAAAAACAUUAGUUCCCGAAUAUAGAGGAAAGGAGGGUCUAAGAAGCGAAGAAGAGGCAUUUUUAGAAGCGUAUAGAAAUCUCGAUAAUAAAUUACUCAAUCUCAUGAUGUUGUUGUAUAAAGAAAAUUGUGAAAGUGAUGGUGACAGUAAACUCCUUUCAAAGUUUCGUGAUUUGUAUUUUUCUCUACAAAUAAGUUCCGGUUUUACAGUGAAACAAUAUCUCUAUGUGAUUUAUUGUUAUAAUAUGAUAUUCACCCCGUAUCUACCUCAAGAAUUGGAAGAAUUGGUAAAAAAGUACGCGACCAUGAAGAAUUUAACUUUACCCGAUUCUCCCCCAUUAGUCAUACCGCCAUGUGGUCAAAAGUCAAAAUUAACCGUCAUCAAUCCCUUCGCAAAAAAGAAUUUACAAGACGGUGAUAAUGCAAAUACUUUCGCCGAAUUCGAAAUGCCUCCCAUUAAAGCAAAAAACAAGGAAUCGCCAGAAACGGAAAAACCCACCGAACCCGAGAAGAAAAACGUCCCAAAGAAACGACAGACCUACCGAAGAAAUCGCCGACCCUAUUACAAGAAAAAUCAGAAAAAUCCCCCAAAUUCAAAACCCCCCCAGAACCAACGAAAUCCCCAAACAUCAUCCCAACCACGAAAUAAUCUUCGAAAUCAAUUCAAUAAUCGCUUUCCCCGCAAUAAUCGACAAAACCCUCCAAAUCAAAGGGAGAAUUCCAUUCGACAGAAUGUACAAAAUGCAAGAAAGCCCAGAAAUCCCAUCGGACAGAGAAAUCAGCCCAAUGUAAGAAAUUCGACAAAUAAACGACAACAGACUCAAGGUGGUUCACCAGCGAAAAAACGAACUCCAAAUGAAACAAUUCCCGUCAAUAAUGACGCAACCCAACCAAAUCCAACGACUAAUCAGGAAACACCCGAAACUGCAACAUCACGAAAUCAAAAUAAACGAACUCGCCCCCGUCCACGUCCACGUCGAAAAAACAUUUCCAAUCAGCAAAACAACGACACCGCCAGAAAUCAAUCAAGAAAUCCCCAAAAUCCGAGAAAUGCCCAAAAUCCAAGAAAUAAUCAAAGAAAUUUACCCAGUCAAAAUUCGCGUAAUGAAAAGAACUCGAACUCGAAUCAAUCGAGAAAUUCACGAUCUCGAAGAAGAUCGGAUCAACGAAAACGCAAUUCAGAUCAAUUUUUCGACGCAAACAGAAUGCAACAACGCAAUCAAAGUGGUCAAUCGAAUAAUCACGAAUUCUUACUAAACAGUCUACGUAAUCAGAAUUUAAUGCAAAGCAAUAUGAGAAAUCAGGAAAUGGGUCGAUCGCAAAAUUUCCCCCCCAACGAUCGUCAAUUAAUGUUUAAUUCAAGAAAUCAGAAUUUCCCCCAUGAAAAUUCAUCACGUCAUAAUAAUUUUCAAUUAAAUCAACCAAGAAGUUUAUUUGCCCAACAAUAUUUUGAUAUGCCGCGUAAUCAACAGAAUUUCCCCUCGAAUAAUUCGGGUAAUUUUCAAUCACAAAUUAAUUCACGUCGUCCAUUAUGGUCGUCGUCAUCGUCUGAAUUUGCCGGCUCUUCACAAAAUUAUUUCAGUGGUUCGAAUAAUUUUUCGAAUCGAAAUAAUUCAAUGAAUCGAAAUUCAGGUGAUAUGUCAUUUUCAAAUUUCAAUAAUUCACGAAUGUCAUUUGAUGACGAUAUGCAUCCGCAUAAUUUUAUGAAUUCUAAUAAUCAGCAUUGGGAUAAUGAUUUUAAUCGAGGAAAACGAAAGAAUAUGCGAGACGAUUGGAAUAGUAAACGACCAAAACGGGGAAUUUAAUUUUUUCUAAAAGAAUUUUAAACAAAAGAAAACCCACAAAUUCUAAAGGAUUAAAAAAAAAAAGAACUGAGUUGUUACUUUUUUUUAUUUCGAAAAUUUGACUUUUACUUUUUUAUUACAUAUCUUAAAAAUUAGUAAUAAAAGUAAUAAAAAGUUCGGAAAAUAAUUUUUUUUUAAGUACGAAUAAAAAAAGAAAGUCUCGGAAAAUAAAUAGAGUUCACUUUAUAUUUCUUCAAUAAAUGAAUAGAUUGAAUUAUUCAUUUCAUACGAAUUAGAAUUGUAAUAUAGAUAAAUAAGGAAAAAAAAUAAAAAAAGAAUAAAUGUACUUAUAGUUAAUUUAUCGAAUUAUUGUAUGAAGUUGCUUUUUUUAAUUUCAAAAAUUCAAACUUAUUAAAGUUUGAUUACUAUUGGACUCUCGUAAUGGAAAAAAAUAUAAGUAGCAAUAUUUUUGUCGAAAGAAAUGUGAAAAUCGUUGUUAGAAUUAAAACAUGGGUGAACUUAGCAUAAUAAUUAAAAACAAAGGGUGAAUUUAAUUUAAUUCAAAAAAAAAAAAAAAAUUUAACUUAAUUCAAAAAAGUGAAGUUAAUUUAAUAAUUAAAAAAGUGUAUUUAAUUUUAAUAAAAAAGGUAAAAUUAAUUUUUAGUAAAUAAAUAAGGUGAACUUAAUUUAAGUACUAAAAAAGGUGAAUUUAAUUGAAUAGUUAAAAAAGGGGUGAAUAAUUAGUAAUUAAAAAAUAAAUUAAUUAAAGUAUAACAAAUUUAUUAUAAAGGAAAAAAAUUUAUUUUCAGAGACUUUCUUGCAAGUUCUUAAAAUUCUUUAAAAAAUUCUUUAUUAUUGAAAUAAAGAAUAUUAAUUCUAUAGGAAGUCAAUUAUUAUACUUCCAUGAUUAAGAAUAGUAAUUAAGAAAAAAAAAAUGAAGUAUGAUAUUAAAAACAAAAACAAUCUGUAUUACUUUUCAUUAUUUAAUAUUAUGUUAGAGAGAAUUGUAUAAGAGUUCAAUUUUUUUUACAAUUUAAAGUUAAUAUUCUACUUUGUAAUUUCGAAUUUAUACAAGGAAACAAAAAAUGUUCAGUAUGCAUGUAGAUUUUUAGAAAUAAAUUUUGAUUUCAACUAAUUAUUUAAGUAUUGGCUAAAAUAAAAGUUUUCAGAGAUACUUGUAUAUAUUGAUUUUGUGAAAUCAAAUAAAUGGAAAAAUAUAUAUAAAA